AUGAGAAGAGAAUUAAAAAUAUUAUUAUGUGCUAACCUUUUUCUAAUUAUAUUCAUAUUAUAUUAUACAUUCGAUCUUCAUAUGUUGAUCAUUGACAACACCAUAGAGGAUAGCAUACCAAGUAAAGAUAUUGCCCCGAACAGCACAUGGUCAACAGACAAUUUAAAUGAAAAUAUACUGAUACCAAAAAUCAUACACCAAACUUACAAGGAUGAAAACAUCCCAUCGCAUUGGAAAGCAGGCCAAGCUAAGUGCCAAAACCUAAAUCCUGAUUAUAAAUAUAUUCUUUGGACGGACGAAAUGAUUGAGGAGUUUAUCGGAAGAGAAUUUCCUUGGUUUCUACCAGUUUUGAAGUCUUAUAAAUACCCAAUCCAAAAAGCAGAUGCUAUUAGGUAUUUCGUUCUUUGGAAAUAUGGUGGGAUAUAUGUCGAUUUGGAUGAUACGUGUCAGCGUAAUUUUGAUCCAUUAUUGAAAUAUCCUGUCUUUUUAAGGAAGACAGCACCAUUUGGUGUAUCAAAUGAUGUAAUGGGAGCCAUUCCAAAUCAUCCAUUUUUCUAUAAGGCUAUACACUCGUUAAAACAUUACAAUAAAAACUGGUUUGCUCCAUACUUCACAAUCAUGGCAUCCACUGGUCCUGUUUUUAUUAGUAUAGUAUGGAAACAGUAUAAAAGAUGGGAAAAGAUUAAGCAAUAUUGGGAUUCAAGUUACCAUUAUAUAGAUUCAGAAAGAAGUGUACGGAUCUUACAACCAUGGGAUUAUAAGGACUAUCCAAACUCUUUCUUUUCUAUUUCAAAGGGAAGUUCCUGGCAUCUUGAUGAUGCCGACUUUAUUAAGUCUUUCCUAACCCAUAUUUUAUCCUGUGUCGUGGCUGGAUUCAUUAUUGGUUUCGUGAUAUUAUAUGGUGAAUAUUCCAUUUAUUGUUUUAUGUGCUCCAAAAAAAACUAUAGUUUAACAUCUAUAUGGAAUUCCAUUAAAGAGUUCAUCUCAAAUAGUAGAGCUUAUGUGAACUUAAAUGAUGACAGUGAUGAAUACAACAGUUCAUAUCAUCCAUCCCAUAGUUAUAAAAACAACCGUCAAGCUCCAUCUAGAUUAAGAAAAGAUUCUAAUAAUCUAAUGUAUAUGAUUGAUUUAGAAAAAAACAUCAAGAUGAAUCCUAAUAGUAAUUAA